CCCCUGCCUCUGGUCCUCCUCCUCCUCUCUCUCCCUUGGACGGCGCUGGCUGUCAGAGACCCCGCAGCCUCCCUGACAGCAGCAGCAGCAGCAGGAGGAGGCAUGGGCUGGCCAAGGCAAGGGGCUUCUCCUCGGUGGCCCUGAGGAGGAAGAAGAAGAAGGGGAAGGAGAGAGAGGGCCCUGGAAGGGACGCCUGGCAGGAGGGGGAAAGGGGCCCGAGGAGGAGGAGGCCAGGAGCAGCCCCCCGCCCAGCCUCCCCUCCAGAGGGAAAGCAGGGCAAGCAGGAGAAGGAGAAGAAGGAUGAAUCUCUUCUCGUCCAUCUUUAGCUGUUUGCUACUGCACUUGUUUGCUUUCUGCUUGCAGGCACAGGUAACUGUUCAGUCCCCACCUAAUUUUACACAGCAUGUGAGGGAGCAGAGCCUGGUGACCGACCAGCUAAGCCGGCGACUCGUCCGCACCUAUCAGCUGUACAGUCGAACCAGUGGAAAGCACGUGCAAAUUCUGGACAACAAGAAAAUCAAUGCCAUGGCAGAGGAUGGAGAUGCUCACGCCAAGCUCAUUGUGGAAACAGACACUUUUGGGAGCCGAGUGAGGAUCAAGGGGGCAGAGACUGGCUUCUAUAUCUGCAUGAAUAAGAAAGGAAAACUGAUUGGCAAGAGCAACGGCAAAGGCAAGGAUUGCGUCUUCACAGAGAUAGUGUUGGAGAACAACUACACAGCACUGCAGAAUGCCAAGUAUGAAGGAUGGUACAUGGCCUUCACCCGAAAGGGGCGUCCCCGGAAGGGCUCCAAGACACGUCAGCAUCAGCGUGAGGUGCACUUCAUGAAGAGGCUGCCCAAGGGCCACCAAACAACAGAGCCUCACAGGCGCUUUGAAUUUCUCAAUUACCCUUUCAACCGGAGGAGUAAAAGGACUCGGAACUCCAGCCCUAAGCCAACCCCCUGACCCGCUCCCUGUUAGUGCCACUCAGGCCCACCUUCCUUUCCCUUUUGUUGGAGGACAUUGUGUAGAAAAGACUUCAAAGAUGGACAAUGGCUAGAGAAUGACCUUCAAUGAUAAGGGGUGGAUGGAAAAAAAAGGGGGGGACUUGAUCUAGUUGUUUAUAAUUGUUGUUUUUGUGUUUUUUAAAAAAACAAAAAGAGGCUCUAUUUUUGUAUUCCAACUUCAUUGCUUUUUAAAGAAAAAGCAAUGUAAUGUUCAAAGACUUGUGGAGGGAUGCUCUUCACCAAGAAACAUUUUGAGUCCAUUGGGAGGGGGAGGCGUGUCUUAUAUUUUAAUAUGUUGUUUUUUUAAUGUGGGGUGGGUGUGGGUAGGAGGUAGUUGAUCUAGGGAUAAACAUAGACUAUGCUCUGUCCAUUCAUAUAAAUACAUUUGGGACCAAAUUUCUACCUCAGAUAAAACAAAUAAUUUAAGAGGAUGCAAUCCAUCAGGAAAUGUUGUGCAGCUUCCAUUUAUUUCCAUGCAUCUGUGCAGGAGGUGUUUGUGGUAUCUACAGAUUGCAGUUCUUGCUCAGUCUCAGAUUUGUACAAGUUCCUAUGAAACUAAAUAGACUUGCAGGCACAAACUGGGUGGGAUUUGCAAUCACUGUUUCCAUUUUUUAGUCAGAGCAAAAACAGAAUGACUGCUGAAGUGGUACUGACUUGAGAGUGAUUGUCACCACUGAGGUGAUACCAAGGCCAUUAUUUUUGCUUUGUUUGUCCUGUCAAUCAUAUCUCCACAGGUCUGAAUCUUUAAAAAAAAUACUGUAGACAUUUUUUGUAUUAUUUGUUCAGAUAAUAAAGUGCCACUGAGUUCAAAUUCAUAUUUUCCCCAUUAUACCUCAGUUUCCAAGAAACUUCUUUCCUUAAGUUGCCGGUCAGGUGCAAGAGCACACUCUAGAUCUGGAGAAGCAGGGGUGUGCUUGGGUUCUGAAGGAGGAAAUAAAGAAAAGAAGUGAUUUGCCCCAGCAUUAACCAAAUACAUUUUGCUACCUAUGCCAGAGCAGCAAAUGAUGUCCUCCCCUCUCAAGCCACCCAUGUUAUUUUGGCAGCUGGGGAGAAAAUUCUACAAGCACUUUCCCCUUCAUGUAAAAAUAUAAUGAUAAAUUCAAUAAGUCACAAUCCGCUGCCUGAGGCAGCUACCUCAUUCUGCCUAGUGGUAGAACUAGUCCUGAUGGUCCUAAUAAGCUAGAUGUUGUUGUACCAUCCUGCACAUAUCUGAGCUCAUCUGAUAUUUCAGAAUCUGAGCAGAGUCAGGCCUGGUUAAUACUUGGCUGGGAGACACCAGAGAA